AUGGACAAGUCAAAUACCGAAAGUUCAAGUGUUGCUGUAAGAGAUAGGAUUGGAGUCGACCGCUUUGAAGUAUUGUUGGAUGAUAAACAAAAUAUUUAUUACUGUGGAAAAAUAGUUACUGGAAAGGUUUAUAUUGUUUUAAAUUCGACCACUGAGAUUACAAGUAUAAAAGUUAUAUGUAAAGGAGAAGGACACGUCAAGUUUACAAACCGCUCAGCUGGAUUUAAAAGGAAAUUUUCAUCUCAAGAAGUUUAUUUGCAUGAAGAAAUUGAAUUACUUGAUACAGAAGCCAAAAUACAAAGUGAUGAUUUUUCAUUUAAUAUACAACUGCCAGAUAAAUUACCAUCAAGUUUCGAGGGCCGGUACGGACGCGUACGUUACUCAAUAUGCGCCAGUUUGAAUACAACAAACGAAAAUAUAAAACUAUAUUCCGAUACACUGUCAUUUACAGUAGCACCUAUUUUUGAUUUGAAUAAUCAUCCCUUGGCACCGUUACCCAUAAGCGAAAAUAUCGCUAAAACUUUUAUGGGACACGCUGAGCCAUUGACUGUGUCAAUAUUCCUUCCGGUACGUGGAUACGUACCAGGUCAAACAAUUCCAUUAAAAGUUAAUUUUGAAAAUUCUUCAAAUAUUGACGUUAAAAAGUUACGCGUUGUUUUAAAAAAGGUUGUUUUGUACCGGUCAAUGGAGAGUGUGCGCAAGCACAAAGAAAUAGUCGUCGAAAUUGAACAGCCAAUUGAUAAAAACAAUUGCGUUUACAAUGAAGAGUUUGAUUUACCGGCAAUUCCGCCUUCCGGAACCGUUUGUAACCUCAUCGACGUCGAGUACAAGCUCAAAGUUGAAGCUUUUGCGGAUAUUAAUGAGUGGUACUACAAAAUGUUUUACAAGAAUUUGAAAAUUAGGAUGGACAUUAUAAUUGGAACCGUUCCGCUCAAAAAUUAUGAGGAACCCGUUGAUUCGAACGAGGAUUUGAAGAAUGUUGAAAAGGUUACUUCAGAUGAUCAGGUUGAUGAAAAUCAGUUGGCUCCUUGUCGACUUAAAUAUCAAAGAAGCCGUAUAUACCGAUCAUCAAAACCCGAUCAGGAUGAAACAGAUGAUGAAAAAGACAAAGAAACUCAAGAGUUUUCUCCAAUGUACCGCGUUUAUGAGUUCAAAAAUAAUUUGAACGUUUAA